GGGACACGUAAACUAGGAAGUCAGAAUCCUGUUUCUGCGUGAUCAGGCAGUGAGGACAAUGAUCAGCGAACUACAGAAGUUCGGUGCUGGUUUAGCAGGAUUUGGUAUUUUUUUCCUCAUCUUUGGGGUACUGUUAUACUUUGAUAGAGUGCUUCUGGCCUUUGGAAAUGUCCUAUUUCUGUUUGGUCUGGCACUAAUUAUUGGCCUCAGAAGGACAUUUAGCUUCUUCUUCCAGCGACAAAAGUUAAGGGGUAGCUCGUUCUUUUUAGGUGGGGCACUGCUGGUCCUGCUCCGCUGGCCUCUGAUUGGAAUGCUGUGCGAGUUCUAUGGCUUCAUUAGCCUAUUCAGAGGGUUCUUUCCAGUGGUAUUUGGCUUUUUGGCUUCACUAGGGAACAUUCCACUGCUCACCAUGCUCUUCCAGAGACUUGCAGGAGGUGAUUCUAACAUGGUGUAAGAGAGCCAGGAUGUGCACAGCCUAGAGAUACAUCUAACAAAUGUUGUAUUAGUUAUGUAUGACGAUGAUUCUGUUAACUAAAUCAAAGACAAUUGCUAUCAAGCAGAAAUCCAAGGAAUCAAUAGAACCAGACUGCAAACAGCUUGGAUGUUCUUACACUAAAUAUAGUUUGAAACUUUUUUUUAAAUAUUACAUUGUCUAGUUAUUUAAUAUUACACUGAAAUAAAAUAUUAAACACGG